AUGAUAACCUUGUUAAUAUUUAUUUUUGCAUUUUUGGGAAAUGUCUUAUGUUACCCACAAGCCAUUCUUUCUCAUCAAAUAUCUCCCAAAGUGAUGAUAGUAUCAAUGUUUCAGCCAGAGGAAGAGGCAUGGACUUCAAAAGUUGAUUUUCAACACAACAUCACUGUUCCAGGUUUACAUCCAUUAUAUCCAAAUGUUCAUUGUACUUCCAAUUUUGAUAUUUGUCAAUUUACCACUGGGGAAGGAGAAAUAAAUGCUGCCAGUUCAAUAGCAUUUUUAAUUUCAAAUUCAAAAUUUGAUUUCUCAAAAACUUAUUGGUUGUUAGCAGGAAUUGGCGGUGGUGAUCCUGCUAAAGUAACCACUGGAUCAGUGACAUUUGCAAAAUAUGCUAUACAAGUUGGUUUACAAUAUCAAAUAGAUUCUCGAGAAUUAACUAACACGAAUCAUAAAGAAGGUUGGACUUCUGGAUAUUUUAGUUAUGGAACAAAACAUCCUCAAGAUUACCCUGAUUCGGUUUAUGGUACUGAAGUUUUUGAAGUGAAUGAGAAAUUAAGAGAUAGAGCCAUGGAAUUAUCUCGUAAGAAUGAAAAAUUGUUAAAACUCGGUGAUGACGAUAAUGUUAGUUUAAGAAAGUUGUAUUCAAGUCCUGCCAAUAAAAUCCCCACCAUUUUAGCUUGUGAUGUUUUGACUAGUGAUAAUUAUUUUACCGGACAUGUUUUGAACGAUUAUUUUAGUAGUUAUUCCCAGUUGAUUACCAAUAGUUCAGCAAAUUAUUGUUCGAGUGCCCAAGAAGAAAAUGCUACUUUGGAAUCGUUUAUUAGAGUUGCCAAAAAUGGCUUGAUUGAUUAUGAAAGAAUUGUUAUUUUGAGAACAAUUUCUAAUUUUGUUGCCAAACCUAAAGAUUUAUCAAUUGAUCCAAUUGAGUUUUUCAAUGAAUAUCCUAAAGGUGGUAUUCAACAUGCAUUGGAUAAUUUGUAUAUUGGUGGUUGGCCAUUUGUUGAAGAUGUCGUCAAUAAUUGGGAUAGUUUAUACAAAGAUGGUCAAUCUUUUAGAGCAGAGAAUUAUUUAGGUGAUAUCUUAAACACUCUUGACGGUCAAGGUAAAGAUUUUGGUAAAGAUUCUUAUCACAUCAGUUGA